AUGCGGAACCUGCUCUCGCAGCUCCUGGCCGCUGGGCCGGAGCUUGCUGCCUUCAUCCUGACCUCCCCCGUCCUCUUCGGAGCAAAGGGUGCCUACGCGAUAUCAUUCACCCCCGCGCCCUCCCCGAACCUCGACCUCUCGCAAUUAGGCCGCGUGGCCGUGGCCGGCGAUUUCGACAGCAUAUCACUAUGGCAAUACACCGGGCAGAGCGAAGCCCUUCUCACCAACAAUGGCAGCCAAUCGCUGCUCACGCAGUUCCCGAAUGGCCAAUUCGAGACGCUGCAGACAUCCGACGCGUCCAUCGCGGCCAUGUGCCAGUUUGAACGGAAUGGCAAGGUGCAAGGAGUGGUGGUCGGUGGCAAUUUCACAAGAUUAGGAGGAGUCGAGGCGCAGAGCAUAGCGCUAUGGGAUUCCAGCACCAACACGGUGUCGCCGUUGACGGGCAUUAAUGGUGUGGUGUCGACGCUGUAUUGCGACAACGAUUCGGGUACGGUGUACGUCGGAGGCAUGUUCUCUGCUGGUAAUUCGCAGAACGCAAUGUCGUGGACCACUGGCUGGGAGAACCUUCCGUUUGCCGGGUUUAAUGGACCCGUGAACUCCAUCGCAAAGAACCCCGCCGGCAACAUCGUAUUCGGCGGGCAGUUUGACGGGCUGGGAAACACCACUACAGCAGUCACACCCAACGGCCAAGUUGUCAACCUCGCUGGCGGUACCAUUUCAGCCGAAGGAUCAACAAGUACCAUCGCCGGCUUCGAGGAUCCGAGCAACAUCAUCUGCAAGACUGGCGGCGACGGACCCGGAAACACGUGGCUAUUGUCGGACAACCGCGGAGGUUUCUGGCAGGGCACUUAUGGUUUCGGCUUCAUUCCCACCAAGCUUCGCCUGUACAACACCAAAUACCAAGGCCGCGGUACCAAGUCGUGGGCAUUCGAAAACCUGGCGAACGGUGGCUAUCUCGAGUUCAAUUACACUGACAGCAGCGGUAACACUCAACUCUGUGCCAGCAAUUGCCCUCUGCCAGAAGGCAACACUGACGCGCAGGACUUCAUCUUCACGCAGCCUGUCGGCGUCGACAACUUCCGCAUCUGGAUCAACGACUGGUAUGGCGAUGGUGCCGGCUUCUCUGGUAUCGAGAUGUUCCAAGACGACAUCUACUCCUUUGCCAUCAAUGCCUUUAACGAGCCGAACUGCGAUGGCGUGAGCAAUGCUGCCACGUCCGUAGUCAACCCGGCAUCCGGUCUGUGGAACCGAAUCCCGAACAACGGCAGCACAAACUCAGACUACCUCUCGGCCUACCUCACCUCCGAAGCUCAAGCCACUUCGGGCACCUCCGUCGUUUUCAACCCGAACAUUCCGCAAUCUGGAAACUUCUCCAUCACAGUCUACACACCAGGGUGCAUCUCGGAUGGCACAUGCGCCACUCGUGGAUCGGUUAACCUUGUAGGAACCAUGCACCCUGGGCAACCAGCCAUGACAGCCACCGUCACCCAGACCAACGACUACGACAAGUACGAUGAAAUCUACUUCGGCUCCGUCGAUCUCGCGUCCGGCUUCGCGCCUUCAGUCACUCUCACGCCAGUCGCAAACCAGGCCCUGCCUCAGACCGUCGUUGCGCAGAAGGUGCGAUUCCAGCUGAUCACCACCAGCGGUGGGCUGAAUGGAUUGUACGAGUACAACCCAAAUAAGGCAACGGUAAGCAUGGAUUUCUCCGAUUCUGCCAUCGAUUCUGCGGGCACACAGUUGGCACAGGGGGCAGUGGUGAAUUCGGUGGUGUGGGAUUCGGAUACGGGUUAUGUGGGCGGCAGUUUUUCAGGGAAGGGAAUCUCCAACGUCUUGUCCAUCACCACGAAGGCGAACUCGCUCCCAAACGGUGGACUGAAUGCGAAUGUCGAGACGAUGUACCUGUCUGGCUCGACAUUGUACCUGGGCGGGAAUUUCACAAAUACCGCCGACAGCUCUGUGACUGGCCUGGCGAACGUCGCGUCUUUCGACACUGGUAGCAACACCUGGACGGCCCUGGGCGCUGGUGUUGACGGUACCGUGCAGACCAUCGUCCCCGUUGACCUGAACAUCACCAGUGGCAAUUCGGAGACCUGCAUUUCCAUCAGCGGGACAUUCACCUCUGUGAACGCGGUUGGCGGCAGCCCUUCCUUCAGUGCGGACGGCUUGGCCGUCUGGGUACCGAGUAAGAACAACUGGCUCAACAACAUUGCGGAUGCGGCCGUUACGGUCCAAGGCGAAUUGUCUACCUCCACGAUGGUCUCGGGCCUGCAAUUUCCGUUGUAUGCCGGGCAAGCUUCGUCGCAGGCCCUCGGAUACAGUGGAGCUGCCGAGCUGGUUGGCUCUGGCCAGCCGACUCUGCAAUCAUUCGGACUCAAAGUGCAGGAUACUGGUAGCAGCUCUUCCAAGCGGAAGCGCGCCAGCGACGCCACUCAGGAUGCCACCGGUAUCUACACCGGGCUAUUCUACGACAACAACGGCCUCAACAUCACCGCUCUCGGUGGCCACUUCGCCGCCACUGGCAGUGAUGGGACAACCGUGCAGAAUCUGGUCAUUGUCAAGACGACGGGCUCGUCCCAGACUGUCAGUGGCGUCAGCCAGCUUGAUGCGAAGUCGACGGUCGCCGCUUUGGCAUACCAGGACACCUUACUUUUCGCCGGAGGCUCGAUUUCGGGAACAGUGGAUGGCAACGACCUCAACGGCCUCGUCGUCUACAACAUGCAGACGGGCAAGGUGCAGUCGCCUCAGCCUCCUGCGCUCUCUGGAAACAAUGUCGCCGUCAAUGCGAUUGCGCCCCAGGAUAAGACGAGCUACGUCUAUGUCGGCGGCGACUUUACGAAUGCCGGCGCGCUUCCGUGUGCCACUCUUUGUUACUACGAUACCACGCAGCAGCAAUGGAACCCGGUUGGCAAUGGCCUAUCGGGCGUCAUCACUGCCAUGAUGUGGUCGUCCAAAACCACGCUCAUCAUUGCUGGCGAUCUUACCAUCAAUGGCGCCGCGACCAAGAUGGCGUCCUACGACUCCAAGAAGCAGACCUUCACCGCCUUUACCAACGCGGCAUCGUUGCCCGGCCAAAUCACCGCUCUGACGACCGCGAGCAGCAACUUCGACAGCUUCUGGGCCGCUGGUGUCGCUUCCAACAACAAUUCGGCAUAUCUGUCACUGUACCAGAACGGCGGCUGGACGGCAGUCGGUGGUCUCGGCAAAGACACAAUCAUCCGCGGCCUGCAAGUCAUGGAACUCACCAACUCGCACUCCUCCACCGCCCUCGUACCGAGCAACAACGCCCUCGUAAUAUCCGGCAACAUCAACAUCCCCAACUACGGCAACGCCAGCGCCGUCCUCUUCAACGGCACCGGCUUCGAGCCGCUCCUCCUCACAACCAAAAGCGACGGCACCCCGGGCUCCGUCUCGCAGCUCUUCGUCAGCAACCCCACCGGCCUCCUGCACCUCGGCAGCAACCACCUGGCCGUCGGCUUCGUCGUCCUCAUCGGCCUCGCCAUCGCGCUUGCCAUCAUCUUCCUCCUCGUCGUCGCCGGCAUUCUCAUUGAACGAGCGCGCCGACGGAGAGAAGGAUACGUGCCGAUGACGGAGACGCGGUAUCGCGGCAACAUGUCGCGCAUCCCGCCCGAGACGCUGCUGGGCAAGCUGGGGGAGAAGGGCAGUCCGCCGAAGAUCUAG